CUCUUAUUAUGAUGGUUAGCGAGCCCAUAGCCCUUACUUUCACCCAGUCGCAGCUUGAAGAUGCCCGCACCCUCUGCUUCACAAUUUUAGCAUUUUUAUUCGGAAUAGUCAGUGGAGGUCAUAUUGGUUCGACUGCUGAUCGGAAGCGCCGUGGCUCUGAUUUGACCGAGACGGAUGCUCAGAAGGAAACAGUCCGUAGAGCUGGCGUUGGGAUUCUUAUUGUUUCCACAGGUUUAUUCUUUUACUCAAUACAAACACAUCAACUGAAAGUGAUAGGAACCAUAAUGUACAUCAAAAAGCUCCGUGCAGCUGAUGCACCCCCGGAGCUGUUUCUCUCUGGUGAAGCCAAGAAGCGUCUGAAAAGAAGUGAAAACUAUCCGAGCAAAUACAAGAUCGUUGUUGUUCCAGAUGACACGCCUACUGACAGCUCCUAGUACCGCUUACUUCAGUAUCUACGGCCCCUGAUCGUAAAUAGCCUUUCUACAACAUCCCUGGUUUAUAGCCGCUAUCUGUUUCUUUUUUCUGUGCCCUUGCUCGAAAUUUGCAA